AAAAAGACCGUGCAUUCUUUUCUGGCAUUCCAUCAAACAGUUGACGUGCAGUUUGACUAGAGAACAAUUCUCAGACUGCAGAGAGUAAGAUUCAGUCAAAACUAAUUCAGUUGGACCAUAACAAAUACAUCAGUGCAGAAAAAUGUAGACCGUGCCGUGGGAGUUGAAGCUGUUGCUCCUACUACUCUGGCCGCUGCAGCUUGUCGUUCCCUCUUCAAGACAACCAACUAAAAAAUCAUAGGGAAGAAGCAAGAACAGCAGAAGGCAGUUCUGCGCAUGGCGAGCACAAGGCAGCACCGUCAUGAUUCUUGGUGAAGCAUGGCGACCUCGAGGCAGAAGCUUGGGACAUCAGACCACAUCUAAGGCUAGUCACCUGCAUCGUCAAAUCCAAAAUGCAUCACACAGGAAACCAAACAAAAAAAAUUUGAUUAGGAGCAGGCCCGGAUCAGGGAGCAGGCGAGGGGGAAAUUAAGAACAAUAACAUUACAUUCAGAGGGCUGCAGCUAGGAACAAAAAAGAUAACAUAUACAUCAGCAGACAAACUAGAAAGAAUUGGAUUCGUCAAGGUCCUGGUAAGUAAUCUAUGAAAAUUAGUACGGUAAUCUGGCUACUACUCUUUUUGCAGCUUGACGGCCUCUCAAGCCCGAACAACCACAAACUCACACAUCCAGCAACAAUCAAAGGGGACAAACAAGAAGUUCGAGCACAAAAAAACAUGCCUUUUUUCAAUGCCGCCACUUGAGAGUUGGGAGUAUCUGUGGACCAGGAGGAGGCCGUGAGAGGCCAUGAUCUCCAGAUCAAGCUCCGCGAGGUUGACGACGAUAUCGAUGUGCUCCGCGAGGAUCUCGCUGGUAUUUGUGCAGCAGAAGAGGAUGAAGGGAUGGGGAGCACGAGAUGAGGGCGGGAGAGGGUUGGAGCCGUGCGACUCGCCAGGAUGGUAGAGGGGACGCGGAUUUUUAGAGCAGCUGCGUCGGGGCCGCGCUAUCGUAGCGGUUGAAUCAUCGCUCUGUACCUCAAGAUGCCCGUCACGGAAUCCCAUUUUAGUGCACACGUUACCGUGGCAGAUGGCUGUUACGGUCAUUGAUGUCAUAGGGGUACUGCUCCAUCGUAGGUUCUGCAGAAUUUUGUCCUCCACCUCCUCCUAUGUACCGACGCGCACCCGUGACUUCGACUCACGACUCACUAUACACACCACCCUGCUCGUUCCUUGACUUAUCGUUCAAUGGACGGAGUGCAAGGAGGCGAUUCCAUGGCGCCGGCGCGGAGCCGACUGGAAAUCACUCCGGCGGACGGCGAUAGAUCCAACUCCGCCGCCGGCAAUCCAAUCUUCUCAGGCAGUCCGGUAAUGAAGGGAGCGCUCGAGAAUCCCGGAAGAUGCGCAUAUCCGAGAUGCGACGGCAGACCCCAAUGUGCACACCGGAUUAAUAACGCCUCCGGCUACAUUGAGGGGCGCUAAUUCAUGUGCUUACGGCCCUGUUUGUAAUCCACAUGUACCUGCUCCUGAUUCUGAAAACCUCAUAGUUGUGCCUGGAUGGAAGAACAGUUUGUUCCAUGCUGCAACAGGCAAGUGCUCGGCGCAUAUAUUGAACAUGUGCAAUCCGUUGUGGCCAGAGAGAAUAAGCCCGUGGGUGCGCCAAUCUUUGUAACCAGAGAACAACUGGAGUAUGAAGUCAUGAUCGAUCAUGGGGCUAUUCGGACCAGGAUUCAUGGACCUGGCUGGCAGAGGUUUCUUGACGAGUACGCAGUGCGGCCUGGUGACAUGGUGUAUAUAUGCCUUACUCGCGGUGAUGGAAGAUUUUUCGUGGAAGUUGAGAUGGGUGGCAUAAGGCAAACCCCACUUCCUUAUAUCGCUCUGAAUGGCUUAUCCCUUGUGCAUCGCGAGCUCGUCGACCAGUGUGUGUACACUAGGGGGAUACGGUUGGAAUUUCCAGAGAUGAGAAAGAUGAUCAGACGUGCUUUCACCCCCUUGGAAGAUAUAUGUUGCAUCUUUGUACACAAGAUGACUGGUGUUGACAUUAGAGGUGGCUACAUGAGGCUUCCGAAGAAGGCUGUUGAUCUUAUUGAAAGCAAAACGGGCCAUAUGGAUAAUUCAGGGAGUAUUCUGCUGCAUGACGAUACAGGAGCCCUUGUAGCGGCUUCAUUCAAAAAGGCAAACGAUGGCAGACUCGUCAUACAAGGAGGUUUUCCGAAGUGUGUCGGUCAGCUUGAACUGAAGGAAAAUGAUCUUGUUGUCAUCACGUUCCACAGGCGUGGCAUGGACUAUUUAUACAUAGACAUAGAUGCCAUGUUGAACUUGGGAGCAGCUCAUAUAUGCUUGCUCUUUUGUGUACUUCGUCAUGGAUCGGAUUUGUAGCACUUUCGGUGUGGUACGAGACUAUGUGUAAGUUUCAACCUAUCCAGCACCCGCGUCUACAUCUAAGUUUGAUUGGUGUGGAAUUACCAAUGGUCAUAUGCUCUGCUUUGAAGAGCAUGGCAUAAGUUUGAUUACCUUUUUCUGUUGGAUUUUAAUCACAUAAAUGCAUGAAUGUAGAUUUUUCACCGGA